UUUUAUUGCUUUGCACUUUAUUGAUUGCGGAUGGAUGCAUGGAUGUUCUACGCCAGUUGGAAGAUGUGUGUUGCUGUACUUAAGUAGAUCCACUAUGGCAGUGUACCAGUUCGUAUGUAGUGUAGAGUAAGACACCGGAACACAYCACAUAAGUCCGAUUGUUGUCAUUGGAUUCGUUAAACAGAGCUAGGUGCGUGCGAUUCAUAAUUGUUUCUUUGGCACGCGGCAAAUUCUCCAAGUCUCUUUGUAUUGCAUACCAUUGCAAAUCCUCGGGGCUGUUCCUCCUUUUGGGUUCGCAACGCAAUGGUACGUACGGAGCUGCGGUCCGGUGCGAUACCGUUUCCCUCACAUGCGCAGCUCGUCGCCGCGGUCCAUCCCCUGCAAUUCCGAUUCGAUCUGGUGGUUGAUCGAUUCGCUCCACUCCUUCCACAUCUUGCGCUUGUAUGCCUGCGCCUCGGCGUCGACCUCCGCCGCCGGUUCCCCGCCGCCCUCUUGCGGUUCGCUGCUUUCGCCGUGGUAGAGGGGGGUCCCGUCCGGUGCGACCCCGAACCGCAGGUGGGGCGAGACCACCCGGGUCCCGAACCGGGCGUAGUCCUGGCAGGCCUGCAUGGUCUUGACGUGCUCGCCCUCGUCGGUGGCAAUGUUCUCAAAGACGUCCAGCAGCGUGUCGCAGGGAGGCCUCCGGCUCCCCGGCGCCCGGGAGGUCAUGAAAUCGUCAAAGAGGUAGAGGUCCUCGAACUUGUAGUAGCUCACCGCGACGGUCGGUGCCGGGAGCAUCGCCAGGCGCUCGCGGUUUUCCUCGACAAAGGUCGAGUAGGUGUCGACCGCGUGGGCCUCGAGGAGCUCCAUGAACUGGUAGGCGAUGCGGGGAGAUCCCAGGUAGACGACGAUCAGGAACCAGUAAUAGGCAAAGGCCACGUGGUAUCCYAGAAAGCGAUCGGACCAGCGGGCGUUCCCCCCGAGGCUUUCCAUGAUGAGGAGGUGGUGGAGCUCGUUCCAGUCUGGUUUGGUUUGGUUUGGUUUGUGGGUUCCCCGUCAGGUGAGGUGAGGUGAGGUGAGGUGAGGUGAGUCGAGGUGAGGUGAGUCGAGGUGAGGUGAGGUGAGUCGAGGUGAGGUGAGGCAUGCCAACAGCUGCGACGCAAUCAUUAGCAGCAGGAAACGCAAGUUCCCCUUGGCAGCUUUGACAGUUUCGGUCACGCUUGUUUCUCGUACCUUCCGCCGCAUGGACUUUUCGCAGUUCCACGGCACGGAACCAGCUGCGGAAGAAGCCAUGGGGAGCCAUUGCAAAACAACACGGAGCGAGCGAUGUUCGGAAUGCACGGUGUUAGUAGAUGCCACCAAAAAGACUUUCGGUUUGAUAGAACUGCAACCGUUCCACCCACUCAAGCAAAAGCACAACCAAAAGCAGCAACAACCACAACAACCACCACAACAACAAUUGCACAAUCCAAACCACCGGGCUUGCUCUGCUUCCCGCUCGAGUCCCUCCCGCUCGACCCACACCACACGACACCACACGACACCACACGACACCACACGACACCACACGACACCACACGACACCAUACCAUACACCACGCACUCACCCAAAGCUCUCGUACAGGUGCAGCAUCGAAACGUAGGAAAAGUAGGGGAUCCGGGCAAUGGUUUCCAGGAACCAGAACCUCUGGAUCGGCCGGCCGUCGAAGAGACGGUCCAGCAGGAGGCACCCGAGGUCGUAGAGGGCCCGGCUGACCGGGUGGGCCUCGAUCCCCCCCCCGGAAGCCUCCCGGAGGGCCUCGGCCUCCGCCACGGCGGCGUUGGAGAGGACGAGGCCGAGGCAGUUCGGGGGCCGGAGGGAGACCUCCUCCGCAUCGACCCCRAGKCCGAGCCGCUCGAGCCCCUGGCCCACCAGGGAGCUUCCCUGCCGGAGAAAGUUGUUCCACGCCAGGUUCCAGGAGGAAUCCGGCCGGGUUCCGUCAAAGUAGGACUCGUACUGGAUCUCGAUGUAGGGAUCCAUGCGGCGGCCGCGCUCGCCCUUGUUGCCUUCCGUGGCUUCCGCUUCGGUUUCGGGUUCCGAAGAAAACAGGCGGGACGCGCGUUCUCUGGCGCUGGCUGCCGGUGUUGGAAUUUGCAUCGGUGUUGGUGCCACAACUGCAGCCGCCGGCGAUGGGACCUUUGGCGCAAACGGGGUCAGCGAUGCGAAUCCGGAAACGGGAGCCAACGAGCAGCACACCGCCGAGAGGAAGAGGGCCGCAGCUGCAGUCCCUGGUGGGAGCAGUGGCAGCCGAGCAACGCGUUUCUUCAUGGCCGAAUCUAUGGUAGAUGCCUGCUUGGUUGCUUGGUUGCUUGGUUGCUUGCUUGCUUGGUGUCUGUCGUUUUGUCUGUCGCACCGCAAUGGUUUUGUGCGGUAUCCUGGUAUCCUGCUUCUUGUGAUUUGGAACAAGUACCGUGUGUUGUUUGCGAGUGUGAACAAACCUCGGUUGUUUUUAUGGGACAAUCCUUACACUUGUGUCUUUGCACUUGUGUCUUUGCACUUGUGUCUUUACUGUUGUGCGAGUGGAUCGGAGCAAACACAAUCCGCCAUCGGUGACGUUCUGUUCUGUGGCACGGCACCGUACGUUACAUACCGGUACGAAACGGUACUACGAGUAGUACAACACAAAUGUUCUGUUCUGUUGCAAGUAUUUUCCCUGCCAAUUACGAUACAAUCGGUCUUUCGGGGUUCCGUUCGUGUCGUGUUCAGUUCGGGUCACAGUCACCCUAGGGGGAAUGAAUCCGAACAUGCAGCGUGUAGAAAAUUCGCUACUCGUGCUCGUACGAGUAGGUACGUAUCCUCAACCUGCAACAACCUACCGUAUCUAAGAUCUAAGAACAAACCUCAAUCACCAUCGCGUUUCGCCACAAAYGGUGUCACUCCUCGUAGGGAUUACGGAGAUUUUUGUACUAGGUUCGAGUUUGUUACGAAAUCCCGGCACCGUACUGCUGCGGGGGUCUUGCAUCGUUAAGGGGGGAGAACCCGAAUCGAACAACAUCGGCGCGCUCUAAAAAUAACCCUCACAUAUGCAU